AUGAUGCUGAGAUUCAUCCAUGUACCAGCCCACAACCCCAGUGACACACCAGCCAGGACCCAAGCCCCUCAGGCAAAGCCAAAACCCAAAGCCAGAGACAGAGUGCCCCAAGAAGGCCAAGUCCCCAACCUGCCCCAGACCCAGCCAGGAGCGGUGUACCAGAGCUUCACAUUGUUCAGCCUUCUGAUGCUCUGCAGUUUGUCUUGCUUCACAGCGAGCUCCAACUCCAAAGCGGCCUCUCUGCACUGGACGGCAGAGCGAAUGCUGAGCGUGCUGCUGCUGGCCAUGGGCCCUGUCGCUUAUUUCAACCCUGGUCCUGUCAUCGAUUACUCUCUGGCUGCUGCCCUGACCCUUCACGGACACUGGGGUCUCGGGCAGGUGUUGACAGACUACGUUCACGGGGACACAAAGAUCAAGAUGGCCAACGCAGCUCUCUUCCUCCUGUCCACGAUCACCUUCACUGGUCUUUGUUACUUCAACUACAACGACGUGGGCAUAUGCAAAGCUGUCGCCCUGCUCUGGAGCAAGUGAAUAUGACUGUGGGCCGGGACGCUCAGGAAGACCGAAACGCUGGUCCUGGCUGCGUGUUUAACAAAAGAAAUCAGUGUGUUCUCUGUAAAUAUCAUUUUGACAAUAUUUCAUUGAUUCAAAAGUGUUUGUGUUCAUUGAUUCAAGCUUUGUCUUUCUUUUCAUUGAUUGGGCUGUUCCUGAGUAACUGUGGACUAAAUUUAAGCUACAAACACGUUUUAACAACACAGCCAUGACUUGAUCAAGUCUUAUAGAAUACAGCUGUCUAAGCUCUCGUUCAUUCUUUGUCGUUUGUGUCCUUUGUGUGGCUGAUCUCUUAAACAUGUUUACUUCCAGUGUGCGCAUGCUGCCUUUUCUCUUACACCCAUCAGCAGCAGCACACACUAACCCCUGUUUGGAAAAACCAUUUCCAUGCCCCACUUCCUGUUUUAGUCUCAUUGUGACCAGGAUGUCCCUGCAAUGCUGCGGCUAUACAGAGAGCAGUGGCCUCUGCUGUAGGAACAGACAGCUUAUAUGAUCUCAUACCCUUAUAUAAAGGUUUAUUAAUGCUCUGCUUGAAGGUUUAAUAAAGGUCAGACCGGCUAAA